AGGAACCCAUUUACUUACAGAAAUAUGAAGAAUCUGAACAAGAUGAAUGAACUUGAGCUGAAGAUCGGCGUCGCUGGCGACGUGAACCGCUCCUGGCAUCAGAAGUACAAGAACUCGGCUUGGGUGUUCAUCGGCGGUCUGCCAUACGAACUUAGCGAAGGCGAUGUGAUCAGCGCUUUUUCACAGUAUGGUGAAGUGGUCAAUAUCAACUUGAUUCGUGAUCGAAAGACCGGCAAGUCGAAAGGGUUCUGUUUCCUGUGUUACGAAGAUCAACGCAGUACGAUUUUGGCAGUGGAUAACUUUAAUGGCAUUAAGUUGGUAAACAGGACAAUACGAGUGGACCAUGUUGAAGAAUACAAAGUUCCGAAAGUACAUGGGGACGAAGAUCCUGUAAAAUUGAAAUUGCUUCUGGAAGGCUGCGCUCCUGAAAAGCCUCCGCCCCCUCGUAAUGCAUUUUCAACCAAGAUGAAGAGGAUGAAGAGAAUCGGUUUGAACAAACUUAGCAAGCCUUACAGUCGAUCGUACUUCCUGCUGUGUUUACGAAAUUCAUUAAGGACACCUGACCUGCUCCGCCCGACAACUUUCAGAAUUGAUCGAAAUUUGCGUAUGAUCACUUUUAGGAAAGUGGAAUUAGUGGGUGAGUCAUAUGUAAUUAGAAGUAUGCAGUGUGCAUGA